AUUCAUUUAAUCACAAUAUAUCUUUUGCAACAUAUAUAUUUUUUAAUAAAGAUGAUGAUGGUUACAAAAUCUGUUCAACUUGUUGUUUUACUUGUUUGCUGUUUGACCAUCAUCACAAUUCAAUGUGCAAAUGCAACACAAAACCCAAAUUUAUUUAAUGUCGAACCAACAAUAGUUCAUAGUGCUGUGUCAAAGGGAGCAGUGUGCUUGGAUGGAUCACCUCCAGCAUACUAUUUUGAACCAGGAUUUGGAGAUGGAGCUGAAAAUUGGAUUGUUCAUCUAUCCGGAGGAGCAUGGUGUAUAAAUGUCACAGAUUGCCAGAAACGUGCCGAAGGCUCAAGUGGUUCAUCAAAACGAAUGGGUCCACUACAAUUUCAAGGAAUUCACAGUAAGAAUAAUACCCAAAAUCCAGAUUUUUAUAAUUGGAACAAAGUACUUGUUGCAUACUGCGAUGGUGGAUCGUUCAUUGGAGAUUCUGAAUACAUUGAUCCAAGUAAUAAUAGAACUAAAGAUCUUCAGUUUAGAGGGCAAAAGAUUUUUUACACAGUACUUGAGGAGCUGCUAGAAAAAGGAUUAAAGAAUGCCAAAAAUGCAAUCCUAGCUGGCAGUUCUGCAGGAGGAUAUCCAGCAAUAUUAUAUUGUGAUUAUUUCCGUGAUUCAUUGCCAAUUAAUUCUAGAGUGAAGUGUUUAGUUGAUUCUGGCUACUUUGUUCAUUUCAAGAAUCCUGUGCUCGAAAGAUUCUGGACAUGGAGAUUUUCAGGAGUUGCCGCUUUACAAGGAGCUGCCAAAACGUUACCAAAAUCAUGCACUUCAAAAAUGAAAGCAGAAUUGUGCCUCUACGCAGAAAACAUCCAACAAUAUACUAAGACACCAUUUUUUCUUUACAUGUCAGCAUUUGAUAACAUCGAGACACAAUAUACUUUAGGAGACGAGAAAUACAAAGCCGUUGAUGAGGGGUUAGGCCCAGAAAGUAUGAAUGCAUCCCUACGAGAAAUGAGGUCUGUUUUCUUAAACGCAAUACCCAAAAGAGAUAACCCGAAACACAGAGGAGCUUUUAUAGACGCAGUGCAUCAUCAUACUAGCCUUUUUCGUAGGUGGUCUCUUGAAGUGGCCCUUGAAAUCGAUAAUGUGUUGGCCCCAAUAGCAUUUGCUGAUUGGUAUUUUGAUCGGAAAUACUAUUAUUUGGUAGAUGAAAAACAUACCAUGCCAAUCAAAAAUACGAUCAAAAACACAACUUAUUAUCAUGACUAGACUAAUCUUCAUUUAUUCCAAGAAAAGUAUUUGAUUGUUAGACAAUCAAAUUCUCUAUUGUAUCAUGUAAAAGAUUUUCCCUAUGUAUCAAAUCCGGUGACAAAGAGGUCCCUUUGACAAAAUUAAUAAAAAUUUCUAUUGUGACACUGAA